UUUCAAUAAAUAAAUGUUGAUCCUGUCCCCGGCCUUGUACCUGAUCCAAUAUAUUAUUUUUUUUCGAGUCCCCACCAGACUGGCAGCCAACGGAUGGACAUUAUCAGGAUGUUCACGGAGAUGUUAUAAGGUGCAAUUCCUGCAGUUAUGAGCUACCAAGUUCAAGGAAGUAUCUAAUGACAAAGCACUUUCAGCAACACCAUCCUGGCCAAAAAGUCUGCUACAAGAUCCACACCAGAAAGGAACAGCGGGAUGCCUCCAGUCCGUCUUUUCCCUACAAAACAAGGAAAAUAUCGAAGUAUCCAUCCCCAAAGAAAUCCACAACCCAAAGCCACAGCUCUAAAGCAGAGAAACCAGCAAGUAAAGAUAAAGCUGAAAUAAGAGAGAUCUCACCUUUGAGGAGUCCCUCAGUAUCAAUUUCCCUCCAUGGAAGUCCACCUCUCGUCAACCUCUACGGACUGGAUGACCCUGAUGUUUCCUUUGAGCCCCCCAGGAAAGUUGUUAGGUGCAGUCCUCCAGUGAGUCAACCUCCUCCAGUGAGCAAGCUUCCACUAGUCGCUGUGAGCCAGCUUCCACCAGUCGCAGUGAACCAGCUUCCACCAGUCGCUGUGAGCCAGCUUCCACCAGUCGCAGUGAGCCAGCUUCCACCAGUCGCUGUGAGCCAGCUUCCACCAGUCGCAGUGAGCCAGCUUCCACCAGUCGCUGUGAGCCAGCUCCCACCAGUUGAUAUUCCUCCUCCUGUUAGCCAGCUUCUUUCGGUCAGUCACCAACCUUAUCCUGAGUCAGCUGUGUUUCCAGGAAAGAGUGACGCUGCAGCCACCAUUGCGCCGACCACGACUCAGACUGGCGUUCCACCAGAGAGUUUCAACCUUCCUGACGAACUGGUGCUGGACCCUGCUGCGGCUCCUACGACAGCCAUGUCUCCGACCAGCUCCUUUAUUGCUAGCUUGGGAGCUGAGUUUCCUUUGAUUUCGCCCUUGAAGGAGUCAGUGCUUGUCUCUGAUGUGCCCUCUGAGCCUCCAACAUCUUCGGCAUCUGUGGAAACGUGCCCUCCUGCAUCCGACUAUAUCUUGCACACUUGCCAGGGCUCAGAUCUGAAGAAGUCAUCACUUGAUCUCUCCCAUGAUCCUAGACUUUUCUUCGCCGGUGCCCCGAGUGGCCUUAACAAUACCUAUGUAGACAACAUGCUGAGUAGAGCCAACAGAGAGGCACGGAGAUCCGCGGGACGGAUGACCAUGGAGGCUUCCACCCAAACGGAUGAUUCUAACAUUCGCCCUCCUACACCCAGGAAAUGUGAUGCCUCAACUCAGGUUACCGCCAGGCAGACCUUCACAUUGGAGUGA